AUGUAAAGUGUAAAUAAUGCUCCAAAAUUAGGAUAAAAAAAUGUAAUUGAUUUUGAUUUAAUAUAUAAGACAGACUAAGGUAGAAUACUUGUUGAAUAAUUAUAAAGUAAUAAAUAUGUGAAUUUUAGAAAUUAUAUGGUUUUACCUACUAUAAUGAAACAUAUAAAUUUAAUAUAUUAAGACAGGAUAAAAUAAAUAAACGAAAACGAAAAAUUUAAAGAAAUUGAUUGUGCCAAUUUUACUUAUAUUUUUCUUUCCAAACUUUUUGGGUUGAAACAAAUUAUUGAUUAGAAAUUUAUUAUAUUUAUCCUUUCUGUGAAAAAAAAUAUGUAGAUUUUAAGAAUUAACUAAUUUGCAAAUUUCAUCUUUAAUUAAAACUCUUUAUCUGAAUUUAAUUAAUAUAUAGAUAUUAUUAAUUUUACAGAAAACUUAUGUACAGUUGCUAAAAACAUUGAAAAUAUAGAAAUUGAAAACAAAUAUUAUAUUCCAUAUUUAAAAGUGGUUUGCUUUAUCGCUAAUUUUUCUGAUUCUAGAAUGACAAAUGAAGAAACAAUUGAAUUUUAAAAAGAAAUUGAAUAAUUAAAGAUUGUAGAUAUUCGAAAUCCGAAUAAUUAUUUGAUUUCUUUUGAUGAUUUUUUUUAUAAAACAAUUGAAAAAUAAAAAAUGUUAGUUAAUCGUGCAAAAAUAUAUGUUAUAAAUGCGUUUGAUGCUAGUGAUCUAGAUGGUAAUGGAGUUUGUAAUUUAUAAGAAUUCCUUAUAUUAAAUAAACAUAUAGAAAAUGAAAAUUAUAAUGAGGAAAUAUUAACUCAAAUUUUUAAAGAAAAUGCAGAUAAAUUCAUUGAUGAUGAAUAAAAUCUUUCAUUUGAUAAGUUUGCAUCUGUAAGUGUUGAUUUUAAUCUCUUUAGUGAUGAUUAAUAAAAUAAAUUCAUUGCAAUUAAACAUAAGUAAGAACUUAAUAUUAAAUUUGAUGAAUUAAAAGAAAACUGGAGUUCCAAAAAAGAAGAAAUUUUUUUAAAUAUUUAAUCUUUAUUAGAUGAAGAUGAUAUACAAAAAUGGAAUGAAAUUUUAAUGAUUUUAGAUAAAAGAAUUUCAAGUAAAGAAAAAUAAGCUAUUAAACCAUUAUUAAUUGCUGUUAAAAUUUUAGAAAAAGAA